AUGUCAGAUAUAGAGGAAGAGCCCUACUGCUACAGAGCGGGAACCAGAAGUCUCUUCCUGGGAGAUUCCUUAUUGGCUGACCUUCAGCAAACAGAGAUAUGGAGUCAGAUGUUCGAACCUCUACACUGCGUGAACUUUAGUAUUGGAGGGGAUCAGACGCAGAAUUUGCUGUGGAGGAUAAAGAAUGGCGAGCUGGACAAUAUGCAGCCUAAGGUAAUUGUGCUUCUAAUAGGCACAAACAAUCAUAAUCACACUGCAGAGCAGGUGGCUGGCAUCAUGGAGAUUGUCCGUACCAUUAACAAUAAACAACCCCAGGCACAACUUAUUGUUGUGGGUCUGCUUCCAAGAGGUGAAAAGCCUAAUUCUCUUCGAGAGAAUGCAGUCAUAAACAAAUCCAUAGAAGAACAGCUAAGUAAACAUUCCCAGUACAACAUUCCUCAAUGUGGAUGCAGCUCUCUCUAUCGCCCUGGCUCUGAGACCAUCAGUCGUCGAGACAUGUGGGACUUUCUGCACCUGACAACACGCGGCUAUCAGAAAUUGUGUGAGGUGCUAACGUCUGUUGAGUGGAUACGCGAGGAUAACCAUUUUCAGAAACGAGUGACAAUUAAACCGCAGGAGAACAAGAUUGACAUCUUCUACAACCGAAUGACUCGUCAGUCGCCUUAA